UUUGGUAUAUAUAUUCCUUCAAAGCUCUUUUGGUAUAUAUAUUCCUUCAAAGCUUCUUCAGUCAUAUACAGUUUUAAAGAAACUUUGCUUUUUUGCUUAUUUCUCAAGAAAAUCAGGCCAUGGAUUCUCCGGGAAAGUCGCUUAAAGGGAAGAGUCCGAUCAAUAACAAGCAGGAGAAAGAAGAGAAAGAAGAAAAAUUCAGUAUGCAUUCAUUUAUCAAGAAAACUCGAGGAAAUCAGGCCAUGGAUUCUCCGGGAAAGUUGUUUACACUGAAGAAUCUGGUGCAAGCUCCGAUCAAUAAGAAGCCAGAGAAAGAAGAUGGAUUCCCCACUCCAGAGGGGGAACCAUUUAGUUUGCAGUUAUAUGUUAAGAAAAAUCAAGAAAAUCAGGCCAUGGAUUCUCCGGGAAAGUUGUUUACAGUGAAGGUUCCGGUGCAAGCUCCAGAGAAAGAAGAAGAUGGACUUGGCGAAGUCCAACAAAAGACCAUCUAACAACGUCGUAAAAAGUCCACCCCAAGGAAGCAUACCUCCGUCAACAGUCAAGAUUUGAACACUUCCUUCUCAAGAACACAUAUAUAAGUCGCAUAUGAUCCUCACUAAUACAUAAGUGUGUUCGUUAGUACUGCCUUGCAUGGAUUUUGUGUUUAUUUAUUAUUGUUACUAUUAUUUAUCUUAGUAUAUUUUUACUAAGCUGUUUCGUCUUCCAUCGAAUUAUAGAUAUAUGAUUAAGCAACUGAAA